AUGUGUAUAUUUCUUCAUCGAAUAUUUGGCUAUCGCGGUGUUGUAUUAUUUCCAUGGUUGGCACGUGUUUAUGAUCGCUCUGAAACACUAAAAACUGAUUUACGUACUCAUGCAUCAUCGCACGAAGUUAAAGCAAAAACUUUAACUUAUUAUCAAGUAUUAAUCGAUACGCGAGAUAUGCCAUAUAUUCGUGCACAAACAGAAGCUGUUACAUUUCUUGGAAAUCAAGAUUCGAAUAGAUCACUUUAUGCCAUACCUGGUUUAGACUACGUUGCUCAUGAAGAUGUUUUACCCUAUACGAGUACAGAACGAACUCCCAUUAUUCACGAAUUAUUUGAUAAAUUUUUGAUGCAUGAUCCUGAUUCCAGUCCACAAUUUGUACCGCGUGAACAUUUAAAAUCUUGGCAAGAUCGACAUCAUUUAUGGUUAGAAUUAUCCGACGUAUGCAAAGAUGUGACGCAAGGAAUAAGAGUAACCGUAAUACCAUUUUACAUGGGUUGUCGAUCGCAUCAAGCGAGUAAUGUUUAUUGGUGGCGAUAUUCAAUUCGAAUUGAAAAUUUAGUACCAGAUGAAUCGGUUACAUUACGUGAACGACAUUGGAGAAUAUUUAGUUUAAGUGGUACACUGGAGACGGUUCGUGGAAAAGGUGUUGUAGGUCACGAGCCUCGUUUAUCUCGUGAAUAUCCAGUAUUUCAAUAUAGUAGCCACGUGUCAUUACAAGCUCCAUCUGGUCAUAUGUGGGGAACGUUCAAAAUGGAACGAGAUGAUGGAACUUAUUUUGAAGUGAGAAUACCACCAUUUAAUCUCGAAUGCAAAGAAAAGGAAAAAUCACCAAUAUUAUCUUGA